CAGUCUAUGCUGCGCUGCGAGAAAAGAAGUUUAUACUGCAACAUGUGAUCGGUGAAGGAUCUUAUGCUAAAGUUUACAGAUCGGUCUACAUGGUUGACGAAACACGCACCGUCGAUCUAGCCUGCAAAGUGAUCGACACAUCCGUCGCUCCCCGCGUCUACCUGAACAAGUUCCUGCCCCGCGAGCUGGACAUCCUAGCCCACGUCAACCAUCCCCACAUCAUACAAGUCACCAACAUCUACCAUCGCUACGCCAAGUACUUCGUAUUCAUGCGACUAGGCGAGAACGGUGAUCUCCUAAAUUUCAUAUCAAUGAAAGGCAACCUAUCUGAAGCCCAGUGCAGAGUUUGGAUGCGGCAACUGAUGUGCGCCCUAGAAUACAUGCAUGCCCUCAAUAUCGCGCAUAGAGACCUCAAGUGCGAAAACGUCCUCAUCUCUUUAAAUUACAAUGUGAAAUUAACCGACUUUGGUUUCGCAAUCCGAACGCGUGACGGUGGGUCCAAAAAUUUUAUGUCGGAGACAUAUUGUGGGUCUCUCUUGUACGCGGCUCCAGAGGUACUGAAGGGUAUACCGUACGCGCCUAAAAUGGCCGAUAUGUGGUCCAUGGGAGUUAUUCUAUACGCUAUGCUUAAUAAAGCCCUGCCGUUUAACGAGACUUCUGUGCGGGUAUUAUAUGACAAGCAGGUACAGCGCAAGUGGCGCUUUCGCACGAAGAUAGUUAAUAUGGUGUCGGAAGAGUGUUUGGGCCUAGUGACAGCAAUGUUGGACCCGGACGCGCAGGCACGGCCCACGGCGAACGCAGUCUUUCAUGGGCCGUGGAUCGCCAUGGAACCGCGACUAGCCAAGUAUUCUCCAGUGGAGGAAUCACUGCUAAAACAGGCAAUGAAAGAAUUGAAAGAUUCAGAGAAGCCGCGAAAUCUCGACGAAUGUGGUUCUGUAACAGGUGCCGUAAAAGUUUUGUGCAUUUACUAA